UUGUCAUUUUUCUCUUGUGCAGUGUUGCGAUUGUUGUUUAUCCUGUGGAAAAGCACCAAAUAUGCAAUGAAGAGUGCUGCAAAUAGUCAGAGUAGUGCGAAGAUGAAAAAGGAGAAGCCCGUGGAACCCACGCGAACGUUUAGAAUAUAAGUAUCUCCAGUAUUUCCCUAGAUUUUCCUCUGCAAAGCGCGACAUAACCUCAAAAUGUUGUUUGCAAGCAAAAAGUCUAAUUUCCUCUCUUUUCCCGACUCCUUUACAGCCCACCAGAUAGUGAGUUUGACGGGCAUCAGCUUCGAGAAGAGGAACAUCAUUGGAUCCGUGGAACUGACCAUCGUUCCCACGUCUGACCGGUUGCGAUUGUUGCGGCUGAACGCGAAGCAGUGCAGCAUCUACAAAGUCAGCCUCAAUGACCAGUACGAGGCCAAGUUCUUCUACUUCGAUCCCUUCCUGGACAUCUGCGAGAACGACCCGAAGACCAGGAGUCUCGAGGUGUUCUCCAAGCUUCACCUGGCGGCGGCGCAGAAGGUGGACGCGGACCUGAAUGCCGGCGAACUGGCCAUCAUCAUCCCCAACGAGGCCGCGCAUCUCGUGGGCGAAGGCAGAGGGCUGCGCGUGAGCAUCGAAUUCUCGCUGGAGAAUCCCGCCGGCGGCGUCCACUUCGCCAUUCCGGAGGGCGAGGGCACGAUGACAGAGCUGGCGGCGCACAUGUACACGUACUGCCACGAGAACAGCUCCCGGCUGUGGUUCCCGUGCGUGGACAGCUUCGCCGAGCCGUGCACGUGGAAGCUGGAGUUCACGGUGGAUGAGAGCAUGACGGCCGUGAGCUGUGGCGAUCUCGUGGAGGUCGUGAUGACGCCGGAUCUGCGCCAGAAGACCUUCCACUACGUCGUGUCGACGCCCGUGUGCGCCCCCAACAUCGCCCUGGCCGUGGGACCCUUCGAGAUCUACGUGGAUCCGCACAUGCACGAAGUCACGCACUUCUGCCUGCCGCAGCUGAUGCCGCUGCUCAAGAACACCGUGCGAUACAUUCACGAGGCCUUCGAGUUCUACGAGGAAACGCUCUCCACAAGAUAUCCCUUCAGUUGCUACAAACAGGUGUUUGUGGACGAGCUGCAAGUGGAAGUGAGCGCCUAUUCCACAAUGUCCAUCCUGUCCACGCAUCUUCUGCACUCGAUUGCGAUCGUGGAUCAGACGUUCGUGACGCGCAAGAUCAUGUCGAAGGCGAUCGCGGAGCAGUUCUUUGGCUGCUUCAUCAGCAUGCAGCACUGGUCGGACACGUGGCUGGCCAAGGGCAUCGCCGAGUACCUGUGCGGGCUGUACUCGAAGAAGUGCUUCGGCAACAACGACUACCGCGAGUGGAUCCAGUCGGAGCUGGCCGAGGUGGUGCACUAUGAGGAGCAGUACGGCGGCAUUGUGCUGGACUGCAGCCAGCCGCCGGCGCCGCUGCCCAUGUCCUCGUCGCAGCCGCAAGCGGUGCAGCGUCAGCCGGAGAUCCUGCACUACUUCCCCAUCCGCAGUCUGCACACGAUGUCGCCCAAGUAUGUGGAGGCGCUGCGGCGGAAGGCGCAUCUGGUGAUCAGGAUGCUGGAGCACAGGAUUGGCCAGGAGUUGCUGCUGCAGGUGUUCAACAAGCAACUGGCGCUGGCCACAAAUGCCGCCACCACGAAGAUCGGCAGCGGCCUGUGGCAUCAUCUGCUGAUCUCCACGGACGUCUUCACCAAGGCGAUCUUCACGGUCACGGGCAAGGACAUGUCUGUGUUCAUGGAUCAGUGGGUGCGCACCGGCGGACACGCCAAGUUCAGUCUCACGAGUGUGUUCAACAGGAAGAGGAACACGAUUGAGCUGGAGAUUCGCCAGGACUCGGUGAAUCAGAAGGGCGUCCGGAAGUACGUGGGACCGCUUCUGGUGCAGCUCCAGGAGCUCGACGGGACGUUCAAGCACACGCUGCAGAUUGAGAACACGGUGGUGAAGGCGGACAUCACGUGCCACUCGAAGAGCAGGAGGAACAAGAAGAAGAAAAUCCCUCUCUGCACGGGCGAGGAAGUGGAUAUGGAUUUGUCCUCGAUGAAUGACUCUCCAGUGCUCUGGAUUCGCCUGGAUCCGGAAAUGACGAUUCUCAGGGCGGUGAAUGUGGAGCAGCCGGACUUCCAGUGGCAAUUCCAGCUGCGCCACGAGAGAGACGUCACAGCGCAACUGGACGCAAUUAGGGCGCUGGAGAAGUACGCGACGCCGGCGACGCGAAUGGCGCUCACGGACACGAUUGAGAAUGAGCAGUGCUUCUUCAAGGUGCGCUGCCAGGCGGCCACGUGUCUGACGAAGGUGGCCAACGCCAUGGCGACCAGUUGGCAAGGACCGCCAGCCAUGCUGACGAUCUUCCGGAAGCUCUUUGGCUCCUUCAGUGCGCCGCACAUCAUCAAGCAGAACAACUUCUCCAACUUCCAGCACUACUUCCUCCAGAAGACCAUCCCUGUGGCCAUGGCGGGUCUGAGGACGUCGCAUGGCAUCUGUCCGCCGGAGGUGAUUCGCUUCCUGCUGGAUUUGUUCAAGUACAAUGACAAUUCUCGGAAUCACUACUCGGACAACUACUACAGAGCGGCACUGGUGGAUGCGCUGGGCAAUGCAAUCACGCCGGUGAUCUCGGUGAUUCAGCAGGGAUCAGCCAUCACGGCGGAGAAUCUCUCGCCGGACGCCAAGCUUGUUCUGGAGGAAGUGACGCGUCUGUUGAAUCUGGAGAAGCAUCUGCCGUCGUACAAGUACUCAGUCUCUGUCUCCUGUCUGAAAGUGAUCAGGAAGCUCCAAAAGUGUGGCCAUUUGCCGCCCAGUCCGAACAUUUAUCGCAGUUAUGCGGCUUAUGGGCAGUAUUUGGAUCUCCGCGUGGCCGCGAUGGAGUGUCUGGUGGACUUUGUGAAGGUUGACGGCCGAUGGCAGGAUCUGGAGCAUCUGCUGGAUCUGCUGGAGACAGAUCCCGAUCCAAUGGCCAGACACUUGCUGGCGAGGCUGCUCAUUGAGAAUCCGCCCUUCGUGCGCGGCGACAGACAUCGUCUGGACAAGGAGAAAUUGGUGGAGAGGAUCUGGAUGACGAUGAAUUCUGGGCUGACAUCGGAUCCUGUGCUGCGAUGUGAUCUCGUGGAUCUCUAUUAUGCCCUGUAUGGACUGAAGAGACCAUUCUGUCUGCCCACGCCUGAGCUUCAGGCCAUCAUGAAGCCACAAAAGAUUCCACCAAUUCCCAGAGCGAUUUCUCCAAAAGUCAUCCCUCCAAUUCCCGCCUCACUUCCUGACCACCACGCAAUUCCGCUGACUGGACUGUCUGGGGAGUCCUUCAGUGAGGCGCAGAAGCGACGGGCGGAUCAGAUGAGCGUGGAGACGCUGCUGAAGAUGGAACCGAAGACGGAACCAAUUGAACUGCCCGAUGUUGAUCUCAUCAGUCCGCCUGUUCCGCUUCCCGUGGACACGCCGGUGGCCAAGAAGCCCAAGACAGAGUACUAUUCGGACAAUUCUGUGUCUCUGCCGGGAAUUAUGGGCGCCACUGGAAGCAAUCCUGUCGGCUUUGAGCCGGGAAUGUUCAAGCAAGAGGAUGAUCAGCAGUCAAAGACGAAAACGGAUCAGCCAAAGCCCAAGAAGAGGAAGAAGGACAAGAAGAAGCACAAACACAAGCACAAGCAUAAGCACAACAAGGACAAAGACAAGGACAAGGAGAGGAAGAAGGAGGAGAAGAAAGAUCCCAAUCUUGCGCGGGUUCUGCAUGUCAAGGAAGAGACUCAGGAGACUCUCAGCUCUCCGGACAGUUCCAGUAACAGCAAUCUUAUCAAUCUUGACUCCACUCUUUAGGAUGGGGAACAGACGAUGAAAGUGUAUGAAGAUCAUGGUGAAAAUAAAAUGAUAAACAAGAGA